AUGUCUUAUCUUGGCUGGCGGUGGACUGAGUAUAUCACGGCUAUAAUGGCAUUCUUCUUCGGCACGAUCGGCUUGCUAAUCGUGCCCGAGACCUUUGAGCCCGUUCUUCUCCGGCGACGGGCGCAGGUGUUGCGACGGAAGACGGGCAACUGGGCUCUGCAUGCUCGCUCGGAGGAAACUAUUGUCAUGGACCCGAAGCAUAUCGCGCACAAUUAUCUCCUGCGACCGGUGCAGAUGCUAAUCCUUGAGCCUAUCCUGUCCCUGAUCACCUUGUAUAUGGGCUUUAUCUAUGGAUUCUUGUACUUGUGCUUCGAGGCAUAUCCGGUGGCCUUCCAACAGGACCGGGGAUGGAACGAGGGGGUGGGUGCACUGCCAUUUAUUGCCAUCACUUGCGGCGUGCUCGUAGGUUGCGGCUUCAUAAUCAUGUUCACGAAGCUGCGGUUUCAGCGUGUGAUGGAACGCACUGGAGCAAUUGUCCCUGAAGAACGACUCAUUCCCAUGAUGGUGGGUGGCGUAUUAUUGCCUGCAGGCAUGUUUUGGUUUGGGUGGACGUCCAGUCCGAAUAUCACUUGGGUGCCACAGGUAAUCUCAGGGGGAUUCUUGGGAGCAGGGGUUCUGUUGAUCUUCUUGCAGGGCUUGAAUUAUAUCAUUGACUGUUAUGCCACCAACUCCAACUCUGCGAUCGCCGCUAAUUCAUUCUUCCGGUCUGCGUUGGGGGCUGGAUUCCCCCUGUUUGCCAAUCCCAUGGUAGGUUCUCUGUCUUCGGUCUACCGGGAGGCGAGCUGA